CAUCCGCGGCCCUGCUGCGCGAGCUGGAGCUCGGGAAAGACGCCUCUCGUCGCUGCCUCCCGCCGGCCGGCCUAAAGCGCACGUACAGCCCCGGCACCCCGCGCCCGGGGCAGCCGCGCGGCGCCAAAGGGAAGGGCGGGGACCUCGGCGGUUCGCUGAGCGGCAGUGGGCUCCCACCCGGCUCGCACCACUGGCUCUAGGCAGGAGGAGGAGACUUUCCACGCCUUCUGUGUCCGCCUCGGCAGCGGGCCCCGGCCCCCGCCCCGGGUGCGGGGUGCCGCCUCUCCCGCCCCACGCGCCAGCAGGCGCAGCCCGGAGCUACAGCGCCCGGCGCCCCGUGCGAGCGCGACGCGCGGGGGCCCGGGCUCAACAGCGCUGGAGGCCCAGGCGGAGCGCAAACUUUUGCUUAAGUGCCCGGCGCUUUUCCGCUGCACGUGAAGCCCCCAAGCGACAGCGCAGUCGCCAGGUUGGCCCCACCAGUGGGCGCCGUGGACCGAGAUGCUCCCCCGAGACCUGGUGCUGCGCCGUGGCUGCCGCUGGCCCUCGCUGCUGCUGCAUUGCGCACUCCACCCACUCUGGGGCUUCGUGCAGGUGACACACGCUGAGCCCCAGAAGUCCUGCUCCAAGGUGACUGACAGCUGCCAACACCUCUGCCAGUGCCGGCCCCCGCCCCUGCUGCCACCCCCACCCCCACCCCCGCCACCUCCCAGACUCCUCUCUGCCCCAGCUCCCAACUCGACCUCGUGCCCUGCUGAGGAAAGCUGGUGGUCGGGGCUGGUGAUCGUCAUCGCCGUAUGUUGUGCCUCUCUGGUGUUUCUGACUGUCCUUGUCAUCAUUUGUUACAAAGCCAUAAAAAGGAAACCCCUGCGAAAAGAUGAAAAUGGCACCAGCGUUGCUGAGUAUCCUAUGAGCUCCUCACAGAGCAACAAAGGGGUGGAUGUGAGCAACGCGGUGGUGUGAGUCUGCAGGUCCUGGACCCGCUGGCCAGAGGGACCCCCUGGUGGCACUAGUGGACAUGGGAAGCUGACCCUGGCUUGGCCGGGACUUCAUUGCCUUGUAGGCCUCAAGCCUCCUGAAGGAGAAACCGACCUCUUCCCAGGCCAGCCCCAGUUGGCCAAUGGGUGGGGGCAGCGCAGACACUGGGCUGAGCCAGGUCCCCUGCAUGCAGCACCUGGGGCAGCAUCACCGCCCAGGGCUCUCCACAUCCUGCUCCUUGUCUUGUGUUUGGUUCACUGACUGUUCCCCACCUGCUGUCUAAAGCACGGGCUCUGACAAAGGCAGCAGGUCUGUCUACCUGUGGGGGGCAGGGAGGCACCCCCCCUUUUAGCUAAAGGAAGGCUAAUGAGGCCACUCUCUGGCCUGAAGACCUUUCCUCCUCCAGGAAGUGGCCUGCUUCUCUGUGGACAUCCCAACAGAAGCCAUCGACACAGCCAUGAGAUAGAUGUCCCCUUUCAAAGGUGCUUCCCACACAGCUGUCCAUCCCUCUUUUGUAAUUGUCCUCAGUCUUCAGGGCCUGUGUCCACCCUCCAGUUCCUACUCACACCAUGGUCAUGGCUCCCACCUGCUUGUCACAAGCCCAGCCCAAGAACUCUCAUGAGCAGACAUGGGGCACAUUUACAUGCACAGUGUUGUGUCACAGAAGCUGAGGCUAAGUGACCCUGGAAAGGCCCAGGCCCCUGCAUCUGUUCUCAGACAGCAGUAGGAGCCCCCCGUUCAUGUGAGCCAGGCCCUGCCUCAUUGGGCAGAGGUCGACCCUUGUGCCAAAGCCACUGGGCACUCUAAGCUAGGCCAGUGCUGGCCUGAGGCCCCCUCUCUGGGACUGUCCUCCUAAGGCCUGGCAGUGGUACCUAGAGCCUCUUCUGAGAGCCCCUGAAGGAGGAGUUUUCUUCCUGAGUCCUGUGGUCCAGUGCUCUAGAUGUGCGAGUGUGGAAGGCGGAGGUGAAGGGCAGGAGCCUCCAGACUUGGUCACCUCUGCCCUACCAACCAGUUUCGCAGGUGGCCACCUCCCAGGGUGAUACAUUGCUAGGUCUGUGGAGGCAGUGACCUUGUGAACUCACCUCCUUUGGCAAGUGAGGAGGACAUUCCUGACCCUGUGGUCCCCUCACCACCCUCACAUACCUGCUCAGAAGGAACCAGGCACACGUGACAGUUACGUGUGGCCUUAGCUGGCUGGACCUCGUCUGCCCCUCCACCACCACUGUACUUCUCUGGCGGGUAUUUGGGUUGCGGUAAGACCCUCCAGUCCAGGUGAGGUGGACAGACAUGAAAACUGGUCCCCACUUGACCAAAAUGUCCACCGUCCCAGUGCCCUGUGCCCAGAGCUGUCACUGUCCUUCUCCUGGCCAGUAUGUACACACUGAGGUCAGGCCCAGGAUAUGCCCUCCCACAGAGGCUUUUGUCUUUCUUCCCCUUCUCCUCCUUCAGCUUGAGGACUUAUUUGAAUUUCACUCUCCUGGCAUGCCUAGGCAUCGUCAUGGUGCUGCCGAAAGCCUCUGCCUGGUGAACGCUUGGCAGUACUGUUAGGAUGCAGAGUCAGGUGGCAGGCAGGCCAGAGGAGGGGCUUCAAGUUCAGAGCCAGAGAGAGAGAGAAGCCUGGCAGAGCCGACUGCAGGGCACUGUGCCCUGCUGCCCACAGUUUCCUGGUCCUCCCUGAGCCCCCUCCCUGAGCACAUACCUGGACAGGUGAGCAGGAAUCUGGCCCUAAGCACACCGUAGCUUGGGCUUCAUGGACAAAAAAGCAGGUGCGGUGCUCUGGGCCAGUCCAGAGUGGCCAGCGGGUGUCUUUGGCUGGAGGCUACUGGCUGAGGGGUGAGCUAGGGCAACCUAGAAAGGCCGGGAAUGGCCGAAUAUCCAUGCCCACUGGGUUCUACUGUCCUGACUAUAGCUUAAACAUAGUAAGCCCAGAUCUUGCAGUUAGGCUGCAGGAACCUGUGGCGCUUCCAUCAUGCUGGUCCUCGGAACACCCAGGACUCCAGUUCACGUGUAUGUUCCCCUCCAUCCAGCUUGUACUGUCCCUUUGCAGCCAGUUAAGGAAAACCAAGAAAGAGUCACAUUCUUUUACAGAAUGAUCACCUGAGAACAAAGCCCCCAAAUUCAGGACAGGUAUUCAGAGGACAUGUAGGCAGCGGGGGAGGCUACCAGGCUGUCACUUGGGCAACUGGUGCACAUGGCAACCUGCUGCAGCCUGGUAUGUGAGCUUGGAGCUUUUGUGUAAAGUGAAUCUGCAGCCCCUCAACCCAGACCCUUUCUCAGACUGAUCUGAGGUCGAGAAUGAGAUGCACAUUCUGGCUCUGCAUUUUCUCAGAUGUUUCUCACCUGUCUGGUAGGUGACCCCACUUUGGAACUCAGUGACAUUUGGGAGUUCCCAGAGUUAGCAGGCAUUGUGAAGAGGCUUUUUGGGAAGUUUUGGAAGAAAGAUGAAUAGGUAUAAAAAUGUAAACAUAUAUAUUAUAUAGUUAUAUAUUUAAAGAAAUAUCUGUAUAUAUAAUUACUGUACUCUCUGCAUCUGUACAAAGUAUGACCCCACAGCCGAGGUAGCGUGAGACGUGAUGCAUGAAUGUAAGUACCCUGGACUCUGCCUUCUUAGCGAUGUGCCAUGUGUGUGGGGACAAGGGCUCCUGUCCCUAGGCAAUCUGUCUCAAUGGACAAGCAUCUGUCUAUGCCAACUUGUCCACCAAUGGGCCAUUAACGUCGAUUUCAUGCUGAGACUUCUGUGCAGGAGGCAGGACGGGCAGCCUUGGGGGUUGCGCUAUAUGCUGUAUGAAGAAAGAAGCACCAUGACUUUUUUAUUUUCAAUAAAAAUAUAC